AGCUCCGACAGACCACAGCUAUUUCUUGUGUUAAACCUCGUCCGUCCGGAGUAUGCGUGCAGUUCUCGGUCCAGCGGAACCGUUCGUCCCUUUUUUUGUUGCAAACAUUUCUCCGUCCAGGACUUACAAAAGUGAUGCUUUACCGUGACCGGCUGCUUCCAGAGGCAGAGGAGGACCGGCGGUGACAACUUUAUAUCCAUUCUCACGGUCUUUCUCCCCCUCUUUGGUUCGCCUUUUCCCCCUACUUCGGCUUGAAGGAGAAAAAGAAGAAGAAGAGGAAGACGCUGUUUCGCAUCCCCAGUUAUGUCGGACCGCUUUUAAAAACACAUUUGCGGACUUUUCCCGUCUCCAUGCGGGAGAGGAAACAAUUCGGGCUGAGUUUUGUUCCGCUGUGGAUCCAGUAAGGAUUGUCGGAGCCGUCGUCGCAGCGCAGGAAUGCCUCAUUUUUCGCCUUAGCUCCAUGUAAGUCUUUUUUGUCGUCCAGCUCUUCGCCCAGCGGACUGUGCCGCCGCUGUUUCUGGAUAUACGAGGACACCCUUUUCUUUUCUGGGUUUUUUCCCCUUUUUUUGCGCAGCAAUCUGGUGUAAAUGGAUCGCCAGUCCAGUAUAAUUUCCAUUUGGCUACAAAUGGAACUCUGCGCCAUGGCUGUUCUUCUGACUAAAGGAGAAAUACGGUGUUACUGUGACGCGCCACACUGCGUAGCCACAGGAUACAUGUGCAAAUCAGAACUGAACGCCUGCUUCACCAAGGUUCUGGACCCGCUCAAUGCAAACUCUCCGCUCACCCACGGGUGUUUGGACCCCAUCACAAACGCAGCGGAUGUCUGCAGCAGCAGCAGCACCUCUAGGGGCGCAGACGCCCUCAGCGGGGCCGCUGUGUCGACGUUGGAGUGCUGCCACGAAGACAUGUGCAACUACAGAGGCCUACACGACAUGGCGCACACCAGGGACUCGACAGAUCUCAGCCGUUACCAGCCGGACAGCAACAACAGGAACCUCGUGACCCGGGUUCAGGAGCUAGCGUCGGCCAAGGAGGUUUGGUUCCGCGCCGCGGUGAUUGCCGUCCCCAUCGCCGGCGGCCUCAUCCUGGUGCUGCUCAUUAUGCUGGCGCUGCGAAUGCUGCGCAGCGAGAACAAGCGCCUGCAGGACCAGAGGCAACAGAUGCUGUCCCGGCUCCACUACAGCUUCCACGGCCACCACACCAAGAAGGGCCACGUGGCCAAGCUGGACCUGGAGUGCAUGGUGCCCGUGACGGGCCAUGAGAACUGUUGCCUGACCUGCGACAAGAUGAGGCAGGCGGACCUGGGCAAUGACAAGAUCCUGUCUCUGGUGCACUGGGGAAUGUACAGCGGCCACGGCAAGCUGGAGUUUGUAUGAUUCCUGCUGGACUGUCACCUCCCCACAAACAGCCAGGACUGCGGCUUAUGCUUUUCCACUUUAGAAGACAUUCCCAUCUUUUUCGUCCUUUGGACUUUUGGGUUUGUUUUUUUUUGUUUUUUGUUUUUUUUGAAAAACCAGUGACAAAAAAAAUGCGAGACUGAUCUGAUGCCGUGUGGUUUUUGCUAGAGGAGCACUUUACUUGAAAAUGAAAGGCAAAGCAACGAGGGGCUGUAUUUAAACUUGAGCGGGCAGGACUGACGUGGAGUGAGAGCUCUGUCACUGCUCCUGAGGAUCCUGGACAUUUACACUGCGUGCUGAAGGAUUCCAAAUCUGUCUUAUUUGCACAUUUGUAAAAAACAAAAAAAAACAGAAAAAAAAGCAAACAAAAGAGUUGUCGUUGCUUAAAACAAGAAUUUUACACUGAUGCCAGGGUACAAAAAAAAAACUUGUUGAGGAGUAAAAGAAAAAUUCAGUGUUUGACUGUAGGUGUGCACACUCCUCUGUGUACGUUUCAUGAUUCAAGCUUAUUGUAAAGAUUUAAAAUAUAUAUAUAUUUUUUUUGUCUGAUAAAACUGACUGGUGUGUGUCUCGUCCUGGGUGAAUGGCCAGCAUCUCUCUCUGUGAUCAGACUAUAAGCUUGAUUGUGAGUGUGAAAGAAAAACUUCCAUUAAAAUGUCUUUUUAUUUAAAUAAUCA